AUGAAUUACCUAACUCAUUCAUGGGACUGUGGGUUCUUCUUACAUGUCAUUGGGACAUUUAUCCUUGCUUACUUCACUUUCAUACCAUUAGCUAGUUCACAGGGGCUUUUCCCAAGGCUUCAAAAUAUUGGAGCUUUAAAGAAUGUUUCAAUUGUGCCAACCCAAGCAAUAUGUGGACUAGUAGGCCGGAACGCUUUCUGUCAGAGCUCCACAGCUGUUCAAAGUAUUCAAUACUGUACCCAGAGGUUUUGUGUUCAAGAAUGCCCAUAUAGAUCUUCCACUCCAUCCUACAUCCCCCUUUUCUCAACAGGCCUCAGGAGCUGUAUUACCAGAGACAAAAAUGAUUUGCAUCCUGGAUCCCCUACCAAUUCUACAAGUUUUAUUUUUGGUGAUCUCAAAGAUUGCUUUUUUUUGCGUCAUUCUCCAAAGCUGGCGGCAUCAUUUGCUUUAGCUGUGUGGCUGAAACCUGAGCAAGAAGGUGUAAUGUGUGUUAUCGAAAAGGCCGUGGAUGGGCAGACUGUGUUCAAACUUACAAUCUCUGAGAAAGAGACCAUGUUUUAUUAUCGCACAGUAAAUGGCUUGCAGCCUCCAAUAAAAGUAAUGACACUGGGGAGAAUUCUUGUGAAGAAAUGGAUCCAUCUUAGUGUGCAGAUACAUCAGAGAAAAAUCAGUUUCUUCAUCAAUGGUUUGGAAGAUGACCACACGGCUUUUGAUGUAAGAACUCUUAGUGGUCCCCUUUCAGAUCUUGCCUCUGGGGCUGUGAGAAUUGGACAAAGUUCAAAUGGUUCAGAGCAAUUUAUUGGAAGAAUGCAAGAUUUUCGAUUAUACCAAGUGGCUCUUCCAAACAGAGACAUUAUGGAAGUUUUCUCUGGAGAAUUACUCUAUUUGCACAUCCAGACAGAAUGCCGUUGCCCUGUCAGCCACCCGAGAGUCCAUCCUUUGGUGCAGCGGUACUGCCUCCCUAAUGAUGCAGAUGACACAACCAAUGAUAGAGUUUUGAGACUGAAUCCUGAAGCUCAUCCUCUCUCUUACAUCAAUGAUAAUGAUAUUGGGACUACGUGGAUUUCUCAUGUAUUUAGAAACAUGACUGAGCUUGAAAAUGGAGUGGCAAUUACAAUAGAUUUGGAAAAUGGACAGUACCAGGUUUUUUACAUUGUACUUCAGUUCUUUAGUCCACAACCAACAGGAAUCCGAAUUCAAAGGAAAAAGAUGGACCACUUAGACUGGGAAGAUUGGCAAUAUUUUGCUAAAAACUGCAGUGAUUUUGGAAUGAAAAACAAUGGUCAUUUGAAAGAUCCUGACUCUGUCAACUGCCUUCAGCUUCCUAGUUUCACUCCAUACUCUCGUGGUAACAUCACAUUCAGUAUCUUGACACCGGAACCAAAUCAUCGACCUGGAUAUAAUAAUUUCUACAAGAAUCCUUCUCUCCAAGAGUUUGUAAAAGCCACACAAAUAAGGAUUCAUCUGGUUGGUCAGUAUCAUACAACUGAGUCUUCUGUUAACUUCAGGCAUAGAUACUAUGGAGUGAAUGAAAUUACCAUCAGUGGCAGAUGUAAUUGCCAUGGUCAUGCCAAUGACUGUGACAUGGCUAGCAAACCUUAUCGCUGCCUUUGCUCUCAGGAUAGCUACACUGAAGGACGGAAUUGUGAUCGUUGUUUGCCCCUUUAUAAUGAUAAGCCCUUUCAUCAAGGUGACCAAAUUCAUGCUUUUAAUUGUAAACUUUGUCAAUGCAACAACCAUUCAAAAAGCUGCCAUUAUGAUGUGACAAUAGACCCUUUUCCUGAUGAAUACCAUCAAGGUGGGGGAGGAGUUUGUGAGAACUGUCAGCAUAAUACUACAGGAAGAAACUGUGAGAUGUGUAAGGAUUACCUUUUCCGACAAGUGGGUGCUGAUCCAUCAGCCAAAGAUAUUUGCAAACCUUGUGAUUGUUAUGAAGUUGGCACGAAAAAUGGCAGCCUCCUUUGUGAUCAGAUUGGAGGCCAGUGUAAUUGUAAGAGACAUGUGUCUGGCAGACAGUGUAAUCAGUGCCAGGAUGGAUUCUACAAUCUACAAGAGUUGGCUCCUGAUGGCUGCAGUCCCUGUAACUGCAAUACCUCUGGGACAGUGGAUGGAGAUAUUACCUGUCACCAAAAUUCAGGCCAGUGCAAAUGCAAAGGAAAUGUUAUUGGGCUUAGAUGUGAUCGCUGCAAUUUUGGGUUUAAAAGCCUCCGAAGUUUUAAUAAAGAUGGAUGUGAACCAUGUCAUUGUAACAUUAAUGGGUCAGUGAACAAGUUCUGCAACCCUCUUUCUGGACAGUGUAAAUGUAUAAAAGAAGCUCAAGGCCUCCAGUGUGAUGCUUGUGUGGAAAACUUUUAUGGAUUGGACAUUGGUGGCUGUAAAGCAUGUAACUGUGACGCAAUGGGGACACUCCCUGGUACUGUUUGCAGUGCCGAGACUGGACAAUGUGCUUGUAAAUCCAAUGUAGGUGGAAGACGUUGUGAUGAAUGUUUGGAUGGCUACUACCAACUGAAGCAAAAUAAUUCCUUCUACUGUCUACCAUGUAAUUGUGAUAAGGCGGGGACAAUAAAUGCUUCUCUGCUGUGUGACAAAUCAACAGGACAAUGUCCUUGCAAAACUGGUGUCAUUGGUCUCCACUGCAAUCACUGUGAACCUCACAGGUAUAAUCUUACUAUUAACAAUCUUCAAGGAUGCCAGACCUGUGAGUGCGACUCCUUGGGAACAUUAACUGGGGCCAUUUGUGACCAGAUUAGUGGCCAAUGUCCCUGUUUGCCUAAUCAUCAAGGAAGACAGUGCAAUCAAUGUAAACCAGGUUUUUAUGUUUCUCCAGGCAAUAAAACUGGCUGCCUGCCAUGCUCAUGCCAUACAGCUGGUGCAGUUCAUCAGGUCUGUAAUAACCUAACUGGUCAGUGCAUAUGCCAAGAUGCUUCUAUUAUUGGACAGAGGUGUGACCAUUGCAAGGACCAUUAUUUUGGGUUUGAUCCUCUGGCUGGGAGAUGCUACCCAUGCAACUGUUAUCUCUCGGGAGCCUUGAAUGGAAGUUGUCAUCUGGUCACUGGUCAAUGUUUCUGUAAACAGUUUGUAACUGGCUUAAAUUGUGAUGACUGUGUUCCUGACGCAAGUCAUUUGGAUAUUCACAACCUAUUUGGUUGCAGCAAAACUCCAUCCCAGCAACCUCCACCCAGAGGACAAGUUCAAAGUUCUUCUACUAUCAAUCUCUCCUGGCAUCCACCUGAUUCCCCAAAUGCCCACUGGCUUACUUACAGCUUAUUUAGAGAUGGUAUUGAAAUUUACAAAACUGAAGAUAAGUACCCAUACGGAGUUCAGAACUUCACUGAUACUACUCUGUUACCUUACACGUCUUAUUCCUAUCACAUCUUGACUACCAAUGUGCAUGGUUCAGCAAGGAGUGCAACUGUGACUUACAGAACAAAAUCUGGGAUCCCGGAAGGAAAUCUGAACCUCAAUCAUAUCAUUCCCAUUAGCCCAUAUUCUGCAACAUUGUACUGGACUGCUCCCUUAAAUGAUUCUGGCCCUAUAGAAAAAUACAUUUUAUCAUGCAUUCCUUUAGAUGGCUUUCAGUCUUGUGACUCAUAUGAAGGUCUUGACACUAUAGUCACCAUUUGGAAUUUAGUUCCAUUCACAAAGUACCGUUUCUCUGUUCAGGCCUGUACAAGUGGUGGAUGUUUACAUAGCUUACCUCUGAUCAUAACUACUGCUCAGGCACCGCCCCAAAGAAUGGACCCUCCUACAGUACAGACAAUCAGCUCCACAGAACUCUUUGUAGAAUGGCAUCCACCAGAAGAGCCAAAUGGAAUAAUUAUCAGAUAUGAACUUUACAUGCGAAGAUUACAAUUUAAUGAUGAACCAAGUAUGACAGAAACUAGGGUUUUUCAGAAUAGUGGAUGGUUAAAUCCUCAACCAGUUACAGCAUCAGCCAAUGAAAAUGCCUUAACACCUCCCCAAACAACUACAAUUAUUACUGAUUUGGAGCCAUUCACUAAGUAUGAAUUUAAUAUUGUAGCUGUGAAUAUGGCUGGUAGUGUGUCUUCAGACUGGAUAAUUGGAACAACUGCAGAGUCAGCUCCUGUUUUCAUGCCACCACCUUCAGUAUUCCCUCUAUCUCCAUAUUCAGUAAAUGUGUCUUGGGUGAAACCAGAAAAUAAUGCAACAAGGGGAGAAGUAACAGUAUAUAAAGUCCACUUGAUUUCAGAGCAAAUACCUUAUCAGCUAGCCUUCCUUGAUGUUUCACAGGUUUUAUACUCUGCUGAAGCACAAGAACAUUUCUAUGUUGUAAAGGGACUAAAACCUUAUAGGAUAUACAAUUUCACCAUUUCUCUCUGCAAUCUGAUAGGGUGUGUUACCAGUGAGCCAGGAAUGGGUCAGACUUUAGCAACAGCCCCUGCCCAUGUGAGAGCUCCACAUGUUGAAGGAAUAAACCAUACGACUAUGAAGAUUAGCUGGCCUCCACCUGGGGAACUGAAUGGACCACCUCCCAUCUACCAGCUAGAAAGAAAGGAGAUAUCUUUGUCAGCACUGGAAACUGAGAUGAUAAAAGGUGUCCGUUUUAUUGGAAAUGGAUAUUAUAAAUUCCCCAGCUCAACUCUGCCUGUCAAUACAGACUUUACAGGUAACUACAUUGAUUAUUUUUUUUAUCUAGAAGGAACUGAAUAG